ACAAAAAAAAGUUUCCCCAAAUUUUUCCGUCUUCACCGCACAAUCAACAAUGGCGUCGUCUUCUUCAACAGUCUUUAUCGCUCUCCAAUGCUUCCAUUGCUCCACUAUGCAGGUGAAACAGAAAAAGAAAAGCAGCAACAAAUGGAACUGUGCAGUGUGCAAUCAGAAACAAUCUGUUCGCAAAGUCUUCGCUCAAGGAUACAAGGCUAAAGACAUUCGCACAUUCGUUCAAUCCUUCAACAUGUCUCGCAAAUCUCUUGAUGAUGACCAGCAGUGGCUCCAAGCCGGAACCCUAAAUCAUGCACCGGAAUACGCUGACGGAGAAUCUGAAUUUCCAAAUGAUCUGAAUAAUAAUAAUAAGUGUACCGAUUGGACUGUGUAUCUCGACAAUGACGAUUGUCGCGCCACCGAGAGAGCUGAACAAGAGCAUCAUGAAGAUGAUUUUGAGCUGUUGGUAGUGACUGAGUUGCCGAAGAACAUGCUCAAGAAGCGCAAGUUGGUGGAUAAUUCAAAUUCAAGAAGUGCUAGGCAUUUUAAAAGCCCACUGUUCCGAAACUCUCAAGAUGUAGGGGAACCAGUCAAAGAUCAGGGAAGAAUCACAGUAUUGACUGAAAGCAAUUCAGAGAGAAAUAAUAUAGUGACAACAGCUAAUCAGAGGACUCAGAAAUGCAAACAAACAAUUAACAGUUCAGCUUCCAAAUGGAAUGACUACUUAACUGAUGACAACUUAGAAUUUGGUUUCAAGAGAGGCUUUAACUCUAAGGACACUUCAAGCUCAUGGAACAAUGACAUCUUAGAGGCCAUAACUUGCGAGCAAAGAGUAGAAGAUGAUAUCCACCCUGAUUUUAUGUGACCUGUAUUGG